CAGUCGGAGCCAGCUAGCUGUAUGCGAUGAUGCACUUGCACUUUCCUCUGCAUUGAUUCAUAAUAUGCACCGUUGCCGUGCAGUUAGUCUCGAGAGCGUCGCUCGCACCUUCGCCUGCGAAUCCUGACCAGUGUCAAUAAUUGUGCGUUUGAAGUUUAAACGAGUUCGAGUGCCGUGGGAGAAAAAACGUACCGCGUGCGAUGAACCGCCCAAAAGGUAACCAAUGUUGAGAUGGCAGCGUCUUUCAACGCUGGAUUCCACGGGGACAGCGCCGACCUCAACAACUGCACUCUGUGCAUCGACAAGUUCCCGUCGAUGCCAAGCAACGGCCACCAUCAGAUGCCGCUGGGCGCCAACAGCCACCACCAACUGGCCCUGCCGAGGUUCAACAACAACAAUGCCUUCUACGGCAACGGCACCCCGAGCGGAUUGUCCGUCGGCCUCGGCAGCAUCAGCCCAGAAAACAGCGACGGCGGGGGCGGCGGGUUGCUGGCAGACCUGCUGCAGACCCUGGGCAGCACCACCAUCACCUCCUCGCCCAGCCCACCGAUUAUCAGCGACCUUUGCAGCAGCAGCGGCAGAGCAACGUGCGGGUGCGACGAUGGAAUCAUAGGUCUUUUCCGGUGCAGGGACUGCAAUGAGGUUUUGUGUGAGAAUUGCGUUCAGGCGCACCAGAGGGUUCGAGUCACCAAGGACCACUAUAUCAUGCGCAUCUCCUCGCAAGGCUCACUGCCUAGCCCUGGGGAUUCUCCAGACAGUCUCAGCAGCUUGACGCAUUCGCCGCCGCCAAAUGGAUCAGUGACUAUUGCGCCACAGUCGCUAGUUGCAAACCACUCCAACAUCUUGCUGGCCCAAAAGACUGAAGAGGCUCUGGACCUUGUGAACUCCACAGCAGCGGCUGUCGAGCGACGUGCUGCUGCCAUCUCCUCUGAAAUUCGCACCAUGUUUUGCAGACUCGCCGCCGCGUUGGCCGAACGGGAGCAGAAAGUACUGAUGCGAGUUGAAAGAGUGAGCCAGGCCAAGCUCAACGCACUAAAGCAACAGGCCGAAUCUCUAAGACUGCAUCUUCGCGUUCUUACCACUUCCUCCCCACCGACCCCGAACUCAACCUCCCCGUCGACCUCGCCGCCAGCCAUACCCAGGUCACCACCGCAGUUUUUGCCCUGCGAGGAUGACACGAUGCUGUUCACCGCUCCAGAAGUGCAGACGUUGUUUGCCUCGAUCAACAAGCUGGGCAGCGUGACGAGUUCCGGCUGUGCAGACCUCACUGUCGCUUCCGGAGAAGGUCUGAAAAGGGGUGUCCGUGGCAGGUCAGCCGCCUUCACCGUUAGGGUGGCAGAUCACUUGGGCGAACCAAGAACCACGGGACGUGAUAUGAUUAGUGCCAUUGUAACUGAUCAGUCUGCCAGGAUGACACAUGGAGAUGUCCAAGAUCGAGGUGAUGGCAGCUAUUUAGUCAGCUACCUGCCACGGCGUGAGGGCAUCCACGAGGUUUCCGUCACCCUUCGGGGUCGGCCAAUACGCCACAGUCCAUUUCAUCCGAUGGUACGAACUGGCCGUGAUUAUGUGAACGUCGGCAUGCCCUACUGCGUCUUUGGCCAGGAGGGCGAAAGUGAAGGUGAUUUAUGCAGGCCCUGGGGCGUGGCUUGUGAUAAAGAGGGACGGAUUGUCGUUGCUGAUCGCUCCAACAACAGAGUACAAGUAUUUGAGGCUGAUGGAACCUUCCGACACAAGUUUGGCUCACAGGGAUGCAGUCCUGGUCAGUUUGACCGACCUGCUGGAGUUUCAGUAGACACUCUCGGGCGAAUCGUUGUAGCAGAUAAGGAUAACCACCGCAUUCAGAUAUUCACCUUCGAAGGUGUUUUUCUGCUCAAGUUUGGUGAAAAGGGAUCCAAACCAGGCCAGUUCAACUAUCCUUGGGAUGUUGCUACAGAUUCGGAAUCUCGGAUUGUUGUCUCUGAUACGAGGAACCACCGAGUUCAACUUUUUGACCACAGUGGAAACUUUUUGUGCAAAUACGGUUUCGAGAACUGCGCCGGCAUGUGGAAACACUUUGACUCCCCACGAGGUGUGUGCUGGGCGCCGGACAAUCGUGUCAUAGUCACCGACUUCAACAACCACAGACUUGUCGUCAUAGAGCCGGACUUUUCGACAGCAAGAUUUCUCGGGGGCGAGGGAUCGCAGGCAAAGCAGUUCCUCAGGCCCCAGGGGGUUGCGGUUGACGAUGAGGGCCAUAUCAUUGUUGCCGAUUCCCGCAACCACCGUGUACAGAUUUUCGAGCCAAACGGAGGUUUCGUGUGGAAGUUUGGUACUUCGGGCACAGAGCCAGGAGAACUCGACCGCCCCAGUGGUAUUUGCCUGACUCCGAACGGUAAAAUUGUUGUUGUCGACUUUGGCAACAACAGAAUUCAGAUAUUCUAACUUUGUAGCACACAAUCGUACAGUGUACUCUGUGGUGAGGUUUUUUAUUCGUCUACACAAGUAGAAUGCUCACAACUGGCUUGCGUGAGCUUGAAUAGUUAGGUUUAUUCAAUAUCACUAUACCUGAAGAAAAACAUAAUGAACGUCAAAUAUGCAAUUCAACAAUAUUAUAACGUAACUUUAUCUUAAUUUUUAUGCAACAAGUAUAGCAAGGGCAAGAUUUAAUAUUGUUAUAGAAUGGAGAUGGAGGUAUUUAAGAUAUUUUUGGUUGGCAAGUGCAAAGAUGCUGGUGAACCUGUGUUAGGGUAAUAAGUGAAAUUAUUUUUACUAUAUUCAGAAUUAUUGGCUGAUUUCUAUUGAGAGAAGACGUUUUAUCAAGUUAAUUUAUGACGCGAGCUUGCAAGUUGGUUGAUUCAACCACCCCGUUUUGAAAAACAACUUAUCUGUUACCAUUUAUAAUUAAAUUGCGAAAUUGCAGCUAAUAAUUAUUUACGCUCGAAAAAGGCAAUUCUACUUGAGGAAUUGUGAUUUGGUAGAUCAAAUACCAAUCAAAUUGUUUUUAUGACUUUUUGUUGAAUUUUAUCUACUUUUUAUUUUUGAAAAGACAACUUUGCAAGUUGCACCGAGUCAAAAUCAUAUAAUUGUUUUGCACUUCCCGAACUACUUGAAGUAAAAAUACGAAGCGUGCAAGUCAUUGAAAUGUGUUGUUGAAAACUUUUGACAUAAACUGAGAGCUAGCGGAAGAAAAUGGACGUUGACCUUUUUUAAAUUUUUCAACAAAUUUUGUAAGAGCAAUAUGUGUACCAUUAUUUUAACGCAAUAGAUGACUAGACGUGAUUGAUUUAUACGACUUGGUAGGCUAGUAACUUUUAAUGCAAGUUUUUAUUAACAUAGACUCAUUACAAUGGAUUAUCAUCCAGAAAGCUUAGUGUACUUUUGCAAAUAAUAUAAUAGCAUUCUUUACGUCACAUAGCAUACUUCACUCUUCUCUACGCAUUAUUUCCGUGUUUAGCUCUCAGUUAUUAAUUUUUUGGUUCAAUCAAAUUGGAUUUUAAAAAUAUACCACCAAAGCUCAGGUCUUAAAAAUUUGUUGAUUUUCUUUUCGAUGAUUCACUAGAGGACACGUUUAAAAUGUUUUGCUUUCUAUAUGUGUAAAUUGUAAAUAACAGCUUUGACUUUUGACUUUUUAUGAAUGGGCUGACGUGUUAUGACAUAAUAAUAUAUUUAUUACUUUCCUUCAUUGUAUUUAGCCCUGUGCGAGAAACGUAAGCAUUGGCGCAACAUUGAUUGAUAUAGUUAAAAACUGAAACAAAACUACUUUUAUACCUUUUCACUUGAGUGUCGCAGUUCCAUACGCAUGAAAUAGUCAAACUACAAGAUUCCUGCUACCAUUUUUUCAAUAGAGUUUAACGGAAAAAGGGCCCAUGGCUCUCACCAGACACAUUAGUAAAGAAAACCAACGUACAAAUUUUCUGCAGACAUCGGAAAAUAUAAAAUAUCGGUGCUCAUACAAAACGGUCAAGUUGUUAAAAAAAAAUACGCAAACCGCGAUAUGAAAGAUGAUACUAAAUCAUCAAAAUUCGUUUCUAAUUCACUCUGUAAUUAGCAGCAGCUUCUAAAAAGUGACAAAUAUAAGAUAAACUGGUUAUAAUUUUUUAUGCUUUAAUAUUGGAGACAAAUUUUUAGCUCCUAGAAGGAUUGGCAUUUUACACACACAAAAAUUAGGCUUCAAAAGACUUAAUUUUCUGCAACACUAAGCAAGCAACACAGUCUUAAUUUUUUACCGGCUGUAGUGGGAGUCUGGUAGUUUCCUCUGUUCUUUGUAAAAUGAAUUUCUACGCAAGAGCGAAAUGUUUUGGCAAAUCAUUUCAAUAGAUCGCGUACGAUUCAUGAUCAUCGCUUUUUCAACUGAUGCAAGUCAGAGAAAUGUGUGAAUGAAUAAGAUUCUCAUUUAAUUGAUCGCAGCCCACGUACAUUUUUGCAGAUAAAUGUGUUAGCAAUAAAUAACUUGACUAAUUGCGCAUCUUUGUGAAUGCGAUUGCGAGAGAGACUGAAUCAAUCGUUUGACUCUUCGUGGAUUUGGAAAUUAAAAACCUACUUCUUACUAAAUAUGGAUAAGAAAAAUAAUUUUACUCUACACUCGUAUCUUAUGUUUCGUACAGAUUUGAUUUUUAUUCAUUCCUUCUCGUAAUGAAGAACGUUUUGUUUGUAAAUAAUUAAGUUAGGUGCUGACGAUGCGAUGGGACUAAACGGAUUAGAUUCUUUCCACGAGGAAAAUCAAUAAUUGGGCAUCUCUUAAGUAAAUUGAUAUUGAAAGGCAGUUAAAAUAAGAUUACCGCCGAUUCCAUCGCAUUUGUCGCAAUGUUUAUAUUUAACAGUUAAAUAACGCUAAGCGCUUUUUAAGGAUAUGUCUUGGUUUGUUAAGAAUUUUGAAAACGUACACUCUUAGACCGACACACACACAACUGAUUGAAAACGUUAAUCAGUGAAAAAAUUAAAUUAUUGAAUUUUUACCUGUACAACGAUGAUUGCUAUGAGCACUAAAAGAAGCAAAAAAUGGUGAAUUAAAAAGCGGGUUGAGGGCUAGUAAAGAUAUCUUUAUUAUAUUAGCAGUAUCCCCCAGCGGACAUCAUUGUUGUCUUUUGUUGAAAACAAACUGACAAGAAAUAUUGGCAAUAUUUAUACAAAAUGAGAAGAGUUCUUAUAUUUUUCCUACCAAUUCUUCCACACAGUAUUUAAUCCGAAAUUACGCGAAAAAUGUGAAACACACUUAAAAAAACACACACACCGCCUGUUGUAUAUUUAAUGAGAAAAUUAUAAACAAUUAUUUUUCUAAAAUCCAGAUGGGCCAUUGUAGAAACCUUAUUUUUUUGUUAUCUUUUGAAGAAAUUUUUAAUGAAAACACAUUUUAUGUUCCUAAUUUGGUAACCUAAAGGGUUUAAAAAUUAUUGAGGAAUACAUAAUAUAGGAUAUAAAACUUUCUCGUAGAAACGAGGCAAAUGCUCACAGCAAACGUUAAUACUAUAAAGAAAACGCACGUAUGUAUAGUAGAGGACGCUAAUAAUUAUUUUAUUGGGUCAGAUUCAAGUUCCUUUCAUUAAUAUAUAAUUAUAUUAAGAAUAAAUAAUACGGCGAGCGAGGGUAUGAUUGUGUUAUCGGUGAUGCGUGACUUAAACGAUACGAAUUAAUUCUUUGGUUGAAGUGCGUAAUUAUUUGUAAAUAUAUAAUAUGAAGCGGAAUUUUCCCCAUUCUGAAUAAUUAGGCGCCUGCAAAAAAAAAUGCGAUGAUCGGCAAUUUUUGUUGUCGUUAUAAUUUCAUUCUUGAUUCUCAGGGAGCACGAUUUUCAAAAAAAUGUCAGUGCUCAAAAAAAAACGGCGAUGAUUUAUUAAAAAAAAGUCUAAUAAGUGACGAGGAUAAUUAUAGUUAUAUAUGAAUGUGUUGUAGCGUGACUGCGUUUCUCUAAAAAAGAAGAAAAACACUAUAGACCAGGAUACGCUUUCUGUAAAAAAAAAAUGAAUUUAACUUUUUUGAAACGAGUUUUCUUUAAUGCCUUUGAUUGGCUCUAAAAUGUGUUUGUAAUUUUAAAAACGCAAAAUAAGCAAGCUCUUGAAAACUUUAAUCUUGUGCUUUACAUCUUCGUGAAAACGGUUUAAGAGAAAGAAAGCAUGAUGACUCUCACAAAGAAGUGUAAUCGCUCUAGAAAAUCGAUGUAUGCAUGUAUAUCACCAGCAAUAUUAUCAUGUUUACAAGUAAUUAUUACUGGAUGUCAAAAACAAACCACACAUAUUUGAAUGCUCAUCUUUUAGAGCACGAAAAAUAACCUCGAAAAAACUGCCAGUUCCCCUGAUUCACGACGGUACACCAUUAAAACAAGCUUAAAAAUUGAUUGUGGUUUCUAAUAGCUUCGCAGACACAACAGCUUCAAAUAAAUAUAUAUAUUAGGGCGCCGAUUGAAUAAUAUUAUUAAUAUGUAAAACGACUAAAAAAUUCUGCAAACAGAAACAUUAGGGAUUAUAUGUUUGAUAUAAAAUGCAUUUUAAACUGAGUCACUAGCAGUUUUAAAAAAGGUCUUCUUGCGCGCACUCCUUCUUAAUAUAUCAUCUCCUGACGAAAGAAAAUAAUGCAGCCCACAAUUCUCGAAAUAAAACUCGCUGUACAUAUAUAUGGAAGAAGAUUGGAAAAUAUAAAUAUUAUUUUGCAGUACAAACAUGAAUCAUAAGAACAAACGGAGAAAUAUUUACCAACUAUUUGCCAAAUUUUCCAAAUACGGAGCUUAAACUUUUAUCUGUGCGUUUCGUUGACAUGCCCUCUCGCCCCACAUAGAUUAUAGCGGUGCAUGAUAUUUUAUUAUAUUAUAAUUACACCCUCCUCGAAAUUACCGUUUAUUGUAAAUAAUAGUAAAACUGAACAAAUUAUUAAUAAAAGGCGCAAAAAAGAUUUCAGAGCGUUCCAAACCGACUUUGAUUCAAAGAAAGAAUUCGGAGUCGGUUUGGUGCUCAAAAUGUUUACCCAUUUCGCUAGAUAGAAUCGGCGCAAACAAAUUAAGUACGUAAAAAGUGAAAUUCGAAUACCUCUUCCUAGUGCUAAAUAUAUACAUACAUUCAUAAUUACACACACUCAUUAACACUCUCGCAAAAUAGGCUACCUGAUUGAGACAAAAAUUGACAGUACCAAAACUAUAAUACGGCUUAAAAGCGACCAUACUCUAUAGUACCAUCUAAAGACAAGUCUAAUUUUAUGUGCGCUUUUUGUAAUAUGGACAAAUUUCUCAAAGCUUCCUCAAAUAUUUUAGUAAUUUUUUCUACCAUAAUCACACGCAAACACUUUUCUUCUUUCGAAUGACUGUUCCUUUUAUUUUAUCGCAAAUGAGACGGUGGUUGGCAAAAAUCCCUUUUCGCGGACAGAGAUUGAGCAACAUUUCUGAACUCACUUAGCUGAGCAAAGUGACUCUCAGAUGUAACGUCUUUCACAAAAUUUGUGGUUGUUGAUGAUUUUUAAAUUGAUUUUAUUUUCAACUUUGACUGCGGAGGAAUUUCAAAAAAUCCCUUUUACCCUUGGAGCAGUUUUAAUUUGAUUUUAUACCACGCACUGUAUGGAAAUUUUACUCACCUUGCUCUGACUGCUUGAAAAGUGGACUUUUGCAAGUGCAGGCGCGAACGAUGCUGAACUUGUAUAAAUACCUAGUCCAUAAGUACACGCAUCAAAAUUUACAAGAAGAAAUUUUUGUGACUUUUACUUCCAGUAAAAACAGUGAAUGAUCGGUUGUAUUCUCGUAUUUUAGUCUGAUAAUUUUUUGUGUCAUAACAAAAUACGGUAUUAAGGUAUUGAAAAAGAAAAAUCAAACGCUGUCGCUUCAGCAAAAUUAUUGCACUACUGUAUAAUUAUAAUGAAAUUUGGUAUGAUUCAUGAUCUAGUUAUUGUUCAUACUUAAAAAGCUCAAAGCUGCUUUCAUUGACAAAUUGGUACUAAAGUAUAAGCGAAGUAUAAAUAUAUAUAGAUAUGAUAUACGUGCGAUUUGUAUGUGUACAUUAUUUUGUUACGAUUGAUUGUAUUGAAAGGCUCAUUUCCAUAAAUAAGUGAAACACAAACACUCACACACUCUCUCACGCAACACAUAAAUACACAAUUUACGAGACGCUAAUUAACUUCUACGUUAGUGUGUCCUUUCAGCUCUGAUUGAUGCGCUCGCUCGUUCUAAUGUAAUUGUCAUCUCUAUCGAUUUGCACUUUGUAGGAGUUUAAGCGUAAAAUAGAUAGAGGUAUGUUCAACUGUAAUUAAGGUACUUUGAAUGUAACUAGAUAAUGUACCUAGAGGAUAAUGAUUGUAACGAGUCUGCUAUCAUCCACUCAGAUUAUAUGAAUGUAAAUAAUAGAGAAGCAAGAUUAAUUUAAUAUCUGAAAAACUACUUGAUUAGCACUCGCAGGCACAGAAACGAGUUUGUGACAAUUAGCUAAUUAUAUUCUGCUGAUAAAGAGUGUUUAUCGGUUUUGAUGUCAUCGCGGAAAGAAUAUAUAAAAAAAAAAAACUGCGAAUUUGUCAGUUGAGCAUGGACUUUACUCAACGAUGUAAUAUUGAAAGGGUUUUCCAAUGAAAUAAAAUCAUUCUAACUG